ACUGCCAGGGUUAGCCACCAGUCCUGUGUGCCUCUGGGCUGAGUCUCCCUCUGAGGGAGACAGACAUACUGACAGAGAAAGUGAGCGAAGUACGAGAGAGGGAGAAAGUUAGAGAACAGGAAGCCAGAAAGACAGGAAUACCCAUCAGAAGUUAGGGAGACAGGCAGGAAUUGACAGAGGAAGAGGAGAAGGGAGAGUAAAAGACGGACUGAAUUGAGAACCAGUCUCUCUUUUUCUUCUCGAAGUCAUGGCUGAGAACAACACAAAUGUCUUUCUGGAAAUACUUCAGUCCUUUGAUGCCGUCCCUCUGAUCAUAGCUUUCUGUGUGUCUAUUGCUGUGGGCCUGGUCUUGGGGGCCUUGGUUUAUGUGAUUUUGACCUGGAUGUCCCGACGCAGAGCCGGCUCUGCCAGCAUCACCCGCCGCACUCCUCGCCAAUCACGCACGUCUUCCCGUAGCCGUCCAGGUUUUAACCGCAACAGCAGCUACGACCGGCGCAGCAACAACAGUUUGGUCAGUGCUGCUUUCAGCUUCCACCGCCAGACUUCCUCCCCGGACCACCUCGACCCACUGGGGCACAAAUCCAGCUUCAGGGCCUCUACCUUCCACCCUCUCCUGCAGUGCAGCCAAAUUGCAAGGGAGGCAGAGGAAGGGAGCCAGACCACGCUGCCUCGUACACCAACUCUGACCACGUCCACUGGAUCAGCUCAAACAGCAGCUCAGCCGGCUGCCACCCCACCCAGACCUGAGUCAUUUUGGGGGAACAAUGGCCAGAGGGGUUUCAAUGCUACACAGACCCCACCUCCAGCCUAUGAGAGCAUUAUUAGAGCAUAUCAGGAAACAUGCACCUGAAGGAGUAAGUGCACCCAGAUGACUCUUUACUAAAUGAGCCCAGAGUGGUAAAUGGAUUUACAAAUGAUUUACAAAUGAUUUCAGACUGAACAUGUAUUGAUGAUGAUGAUGAUUUAUAUGACAAGAUGAUGCAGAGUGGAGCCAACAAGGACAUCAACCUUGUUUAAACUACAAAAGGUUCUGUGUGUAUUUUAGUUUGUUAAUAUAUAUCUGGUAUUGAUUAGGCAUACUUCUAUCAUAAAAUAACAGACAGUUGUUUUUUGUACCUUGUGUGAUUCUGUACUGUCCUGUAUUUCACUCUCAAUGUUGCUGCUUUAACUCCUGAAUUUCCCCACAGGGAUAAAUAAAGGUCCAUCUUAUCUUACAGUAUCUUCACUCUCAGCAGAGUGACAAUGGUUGCUUGUGAACAAAAAUGAUUAAUCGUAAAAUAAUUCAGUCUGUAUUCAGUGGUGAACGACACUCGUGUAUGCCUAAACAGAAUCUUUGUUUGUUUUAGACAAGGCAAAAACCGACAAAUAUAUAAAAAUACAAAAACGUACUGGUCAUUAAGCAAGUACGACGCAGGGGAAGACUUCUUCUUUGUCACAGCUAAAAAAAAAUGAUGAUUGUGUAUGUGUAUCCCAAAAGAAAGUAAAUGUUUGUGUGUUAACUUGUAUUUAAUACGUUGAGUCAUGAACGUAUGUAAAACCUGGAGGAGACAACUUUAAACUCUGAUGUUUAAUGUUUUCAUUGCUGUCUCACACAUGUUUUUUAUUGACUUUUGGUUUAUGGGAUUGUGUGGCAUUCAAAGUAAUUAAGUGUGUCUGCGUUUGCAGGAACAGUAUGUGUGAGCUGGAGAGAGAUACAUAGAGGUUGGGCAUUAGGUGUCAAAAGUUUUGUGUUUUAUAUUUGAAAUUACUUUACUGAACUUUGCUCAUAAGUUAAUUAAAUAAAUGCUAGAAUCAAAAAGUAUGACAGAUGAGUUUUUUAUGCAAAAACUGUGGUUUCUAGUCUGUUUGCCAAUACAAACAAAGCACUGCCCUUAACUUGCAUAAGGGAACACAAGAUAUGGAAAUUAUGUCGUGAAAAUAUUGCACCACAAUAAAGUAUUAAAAAUAAAAGUAUUAAGUUAUAUAGUUUUGAAGUUUGAUUUUAGUUGACCGUGCCAGACAAAUGUUACGGCCUCAUGUCAGUCGGUAUCACCAACAUCAACAUGUCUUUCUCUGAACAUUAUAAACUUUGAAAA